AAAACGUCCCGUACUUGGUUGCGGUUUUGUUGUUAUUUUUUACCUAGUUGAUAAUCAAUUCACAUAAUAAGUUUUUCUCUAAUAAAAAUAAGUGACACGAGUCUUGAUUUAUAUAAUGGAAGGCUUUGACGAUCCUGGUGUUUUCUUUUCCGACAAUUUCGGCGUUGAGGAUAAUGAAUCUCAAGAUCAAGUUAACCUUCAAGGUGUAAAGAAAAAAUUCAAAGAAUUCAUCCGCCAAUUUCAUACUGGAAAUUUCAACUACAAAUACAGAGAUGCUUUGAAAAGAAAUUAUAAUUUAGGGAACUACUGGGUUGAAAUUAACAUUGAAGAUUUAUCUAGUUUUGACGAAAUAUUAGCUGAAAAAUUAUACAAGAAACCAUCUGAACAUUUACCGAUUUUAGAAGAAGCUGCUAAAGAGUUAGCCGACGAACUAACUGCACCAAGACCAGAAGGCGAAGAAAAGAUAGAGGAUAUUCAAGUGCUGCUUUCAUCAGAUGCACAUGCUGCAAACUUACGAGAACUGAAAUCCGAGACUGUUUCAAGGCUUGUGAAAAUCCCAGGAAUAGUCAUAUCAGCUUCAGCAAUAAAAGCCAAGGCCACAAAAAUAUCUAUACAAUGUAGAUCUUGUCGCAAUAUCAUACCAAACUUACCAGUGAAGCCUGGUCUUGAGGGAUAUGUGAUGCCUAGGAAAUGCAACACAGAACAAGCUGGUCGACCGAAAUGUCCAUUAGAUCCUUACUUCAUAAUUCCAGAUAAAUGUAAAUGCAUAGAUUAUCAGGUGUUAAAACUGCAAGAAGCACCGGAGAGCAUCCCCCAGGGAGAGAUGCCACGUCACUUAUCUGUGUACUGCGAGCGCGUUCUCUGCGAACGUGUAGCGCCCGGAGCGCGAGUCACAGUACUCGGUAUCUAUUCUAUCAAGAAAAUCGCUAAAAUGGGGAGAGAGGGUCGCAAUAAAGCUUCCGUAGGAGUACGCUCAUCGUAUGUACGCGCCGUAGGACUUACUGCAGAGGAAAGCGUCACUGGCGGACUUAAACCAUUCACCACAGAGGAGGAGGAACAAUUCCGAAGACUCGCAGCUUCCCCUGACAUAUACGAAAGGAUCGCGAAAUCUAUCGCACCCAGCGUUUUCGGUGCUGUUGACAUGAAAAAAGCCAUCGCCACAUUGUUGUUUGGUGGUUCCCGCAAACGUUUGCCUGACGGAUUAACUAGGCGAGGUGACAUAAAUAUAUUGUUACUCGGCGACCCUGGUACAGCUAAGUCCCAACUGCUUAAGUUUGUGGAAAAAGUAGCUCCCAUAGGAGUGUACACGUCAGGGAAAGGAUCGAGCGCGGCCGGUCUCACUGCAUCCGUCAUUAGAGACCCUGGAAGCCGCAAUUUCGUAAUGGAGGGGGGUGCAAUGGUGCUAGCAGACGGCGGCGUUGUGUGUAUCGAUGAAUUUGAUAAGAUGCGAGAGGACGAUCGCGUCGCCAUACACGAAGCGAUGGAACAACAGACCAUCUCCAUUGCCAAGGCGGGUAUAACGACCACCCUAAACUCCCGAUGUUCCGUAUUGGCUGCCGCCAAUUCCGUUUUCGGUCGUUGGGACGACACUAAAGCCGACGACAAUAUCGACUUCAUGCCGACUAUACUGUCCAGAUUCGAUAUGAUCUUCAUUGUCAAAGAUGAACAUGACCAGGACAGAGAUAUCACGCUAGCCAAGCACAUAAUAAGCGUCCACAUGGGCGGCGGCAGUGCCGAGCGCGAGACAGCGGCGGGCGAGUUGCCGUUGAGCGUGUUGCGCCGUUACGCGGCGUACUGCCGCGGGCGGUGCGGGCCGCGCCUGUCCGCGCCGGCGGCGGAGCGGCUGCGCGCCCGGUACGUGCUCAUGCGCACCGGCGCGGCGCAACAGGAACGGAGCACGGACAAACGACUCUCCAUACCUAUCACCGUCAGGCAACUGGAAGCCAUUGUACGUAUAUCAGAGUCGCUUGCGAAAAUGCAGUUACAGCCUUUCGCUACUGAGGCGCACGUCACAGAGGCACUGCGACUGUUCCAAGUGUCUACUCUCGAUGCUGCAAUGACCGGAAGUUUAGCUGGUGCUGAAGGUUUUACUACUGAAGAAGACCACGAAAUGUUGUCACGUAUAGAAAAGCAACUGAAACGGCGAUUUGCUGUUGGUUCACAAGUGUCUGAGCAAACGAUAAUUCAGGACUUUCUACGACAGAAGUACCCUGAGCGAGCUAUACUGAAAGUCAUUCACACUAUGAUAAGGCGGGGAGAACUCCAACACAGACUGCAAAGAAAAAUGCUAUACCGACUUUCAUAAGCAAUUAUAAAAUGUUUUACUAAUUAUUUUGUCUAUUAAACUCUUAGGCGUAUACG